CACAUCUUUCGUUUCGUCUGACCACAUCUUUCUUUCUUUACUUUCCCUUUCUCUAGACAUACUACUUGAAGCUCUGUGUUCUCUAUAUAAUAGAUCAUUAAAUUCCAGAAUAACAAUCAUCUUAAAUGGUAUUAUAUAUAUAUAUAUUUUUUUUUUAUUUUUACAAAAACAAUUUUGCAUCGCAAUGAGAAAAGAGUGUAAUCGAUGUCUUAAAUAAUAAUUCAUAUACUUUAUAUACAUGUAUGUAAAUAAAAAACUCAUUACUUAAUGUGUGAUUAUUCUUGCUGAUGUUAGAUACUUUUAGAUUGUUUUUUAAUAAAGUGCAGUAUAAAUUCAUCUUAUUAUAUAGAGGAAAGUAUGAUUCAAUACCCUAGUAAGUUCGGCAACCGAAGCAAAUCUAGUUUUACACGCAUAUUUUAUAACUAAUUAUCAUUUUAUCAUUUUCCAUCUUUUAGCUUUUCUCUCGUUGUAACUAUUAUAUAAUUUAAGAUUAUUAUUUUGCAUAUGUGUUCCAUAUUUCUUUAACUUUUAGGGCUCUUAGAAAUUUAUUCUCCUUGGAAAUAUCGUUAUUAUAAUCACGCUCUUUUUCAUGCGAUGAAUUCCUUCAUUCAAGAAUUUGAAUAGAGGCUGACAAGAAUGGAAACACAUCGGACAUCCAGUGCGGAAUUUCAUUGCCUCGUAACAUAGAGAAAGAAGAAGAGAGCGAGAGACAGAGAGAUGAAAGAGGGGAUAGCAUCAAAGAUGGAAAGAAGACAGAAAGCCCUAAAGUGAGACGUGGGGAAAGAGAGAGAGAGAAAGGAGACAGAGAAAUAUGAGAAAAGUAGAGAGGUGCACCUUUUCUCGAAGUGUCCGAAGAAGGUGGUGGUAGCUAUAGAAGGGGGGGAGAGGAAUAUAGACACGUGACCAAUGACUUAUAUAAAGGUGGCAAACGACAGGGCCGAAACACAGAGUUCUGUCUCUCAGCGAAGCGAAGGCGGUGUCUUUAAAAGUGUGCCUGUAGAUCUUUUUUUUUCUCGUUAAUUUUUCGUUCACCUCCGCGCACAGUCGACCUUUUCAUUGAACCAUGAGGACGUACUUCGUGAUAGCCGCCAUACUGAUCGCCGGAACGAGCGGUCAGGAAUCAUUCAAAUGCCCGGACGACUUCGGGUUCUAUCCUCACCAUAUAUCGUGCGACAAAUAUUGGAAAUGCGACAACAACGCGGCGGAACUGAAGACGUGCGGUAACGGUCUCGCGUUUGACGCCAGCGACAGCAAGUUCCUCACCGAGAAUUGCGAUUAUCUGCAUAACGUGGACUGCGGCGAGCGCACGCAGCUCGAGCCACCCAUCAGCACGCCUCAUUGCACCCGUCUUUAUGGCAUCUACGCCGACGAGAAGAAGUGCGACGUCUUCUGGAACUGCUGGAACGGGGAAGCGUCCCGCUAUCAGUGCAGCCCUGGAUUAGCCUACGAUCGUGAGGCUAGGGUGUGCAUGUGGGCCGACCAGGUGCCCGAGUGCAGAAACGAAGGUACCGAUUGUCUUAAUCUCGCGAAUUGUUUAAUUAAUUCAUUAAAGCUCGAAAGUUUCCUUUCGACCGUUCAACAUAACGACAAGAACACGCCAAGUAGCUCGCACCGAGUGCAUGUCCUGACUUCCGGGUUUUUCUCGGUUCUGCUUUACAGUGAGGAUUACUACGGCGACCUGGACCUGAAGAGCAUCCGGAAGAGUGAGCUACUUGCCGGCAUCCAGAGCGAGCACAAAAAGUCAAACCAGACGCCCCUCAAACCCAGGCCCUCAACAGGAGGGCCCGCAAGGCCUUCCUCUCCUCUCCAGGAAUAAAUCCUAAUUUACCUCACUCCUUCACUCAUUCACUAUUUCUCUCUUUCUCUCUGUCUCUCUUUAUCUGUCCCUUUGUUGCUCUCAUUUAAUUGUAUCGAAUUCUAUUGUUUAAUACAAGUUAUUGGUGCAAAAUCUAGAAUGCAGAAUUAAAAUAUAGAGAUUCUUUUUGCAAGACAUAAUAACUUUGAAUCGAAAUAUAUUUCUUCAAUAAUGAAGAUCAUGAUUAAAUGUUCCUAAAAUUAGCAAAAGCGUACUCCAAUAUUCAACAUAAAUUAGAAGAAUUUUUAAUUUUAUAAUCUCAUUUUAAUUCUAUAAUUUAAUAAUAGGAACGUUUGCAAAAACUUACAUCCUAUUUUGUAUUUUUUGAUGUUAUCUCUUUUUUAAUUUAUUUUGUAUUGCUUAAAUUUACAACGAUUUUACACUAAUAAAUUGUAUCAAAGUGUCCUUUUUUUUCUUCAUUUCCGUUUCUUUUUCUCUUUCUUCUUUUAUCUUUCUCACUUUCUUUCUCUCUGUUUCCUCUAUCAUACAUACACUCACACGUACAUAAUCAAGGAAAAUCCAAUCCUUGCGUAAAAAGGAUUUCUCCGGGAAGGAAAUCAGCGCCGAGAGCCAGAAAAAAAGAAAAAAAGAAA